CUUUUUCUGUCUCCUCCCUCUCCCUGUCCCUCUCUCCUGUCCAUGCAGCCAGCACCCCUGGCUGCAGCAGAAGCAGAAGCAGAAGCAGCAGCAGCAGCAGCAGCAGCAACAGCUGAGCAGCCCUCCCCUCCCUCUCCCCGGGCUCCCAGGCUCAGCCAACUCUGCCGCCCUCCGGGUGUGCCCAGCAUGCUUCAGUGGAAGAAGACCGUCUACCGCUCGGCAUGCCUGUCCGUGGUGGCACUGGCGGCCCUGACGGUGCUGCAGCGGGGCCUGACCCCAGGCCAGUUCCUGGACUCUUCUUCGUCCAGCCUGGAGCACAGCAAGUCCGCGAAGCCCACUGGUGGCGUUUCUGAUGCCAUUGGGUUUUGGAAGCUCCCCAGGAAGGCUGUGACCCCGGCGCCCCCCGCCAGAGGGUCACCGGCCUGGGACGUGACAGUCUCCAACUGCUCGGCCAACCCUAACCUGACAGGGCAGGCCUGGUUCCAGGCCCUGGAGCAUCAUUUCCAGCAGUUCCUGCUCUACCGCCACUGCCGCUACUUCCCCAUCCUGAUAAAUCACCCCGGGAAGUGCGAGGAGGACAUCUACCUGCUGGUGGUCGUGAAGUCCGUCAUCGCCCAGCAUGACCGGCGGGAGGCCAUCCGGCGCACCUGGGGCCGCGAGCGGGGGCCUGAGGGGGGCCGGGGGGCCGUGCGCACCCUCUUCCUCCUGGGCACGGCCUCCAAGGAGGAGGAGCGAGCCCACUACCAGCAGCUGCUGGCCUACGAGGACCGCGUCUACGGCGAUAUCCUGCAGUGGGACUUCCUGGACAGCUUCUUCAACCUGACGCUGAAGGAGGUGCACUUCCUCAAGUGGCAGGACACCUUCUGCCCACAGGCCCGCUUCAUCUUCAAGGGCGAUGACGAUGUCUACGUCAGCCCCGACAAUCUGCUGGAGUUCCUGGCCGACCGGCGCCCCGAGGAGGACCUGUUUGUGGGGGACGUGCUGUACCGCGCGCGGCCCAUCCGUAAGAAGAACAACAAAUACUACAUCCCGGGCUCCCUGUACAGCCAGCCCUUGUACCCGCCGUACGCGGGAGGCGGGGGCUUCCUCAUGGCCGGCGGGCUGGCGCGCCGCCUCCACCGCGCCUCUGAGGCGCUGGAGCUGUACCCCAUCGACGACGUCUUCCUGGGCAUGUGCCUGCAGCUGCUGCACGUGCGGCCCGUGGCCCACGUGGGCUUCAAGACGUUUGGCAUCAUGCGUAACAAGAACAGCCCCAUGAACAAGGAGCCGUGCUUCUUCCGCUCCAUGCUCGUGGUGCACAAGCUGCUGCCGGACGAGCUGCUGCACAUGUGGGAGCUGGUCCACAGCAACCUCACCUGCGCCCGCAGGCUCCAGGUACUCUAGCCCGCAGCCCAGAGGGGGCGAGGCCGGCCGGCCCUGCUGCCGAGACCUCCGUCUUUGCUACUGGAAGGUCUGCGGGGGCUCUGGCCGAGGGCAAGGUUGGGCCCUGCCCGCCUGGGCCUCCGACCCUGCCAGAGAAGGAGCUCCAACCCUAACGCAUCCGCCAAGUGCCCAGAGAGGCCCUGGGUCCUCCAGUCCUGGGCAGGUUUCCCGGGUGCUGGGAUUGAGAGAGCAGGAGCCAGGGAGCUCGCCAGCCUUUUGGGGUUUUUUUAAAGAGACCCCUUCCACCAAGAAGCAAAGCCAGCUGCCUCUUCUUGAGUUGGGGAUGAGGCAGCUGGGUAACGGACUAGGGGCCCCCCCCCCCGCAUCCCAUCCCCUCCAGCUCUAGACAUUCUGCUCCCCAGGUACAACAUAGGCAGGUGUGCCGGGCCUCGGUGGCUGGUCUUGCAGGCUGAGGCUGGUCCUGUGGGCCCUCCAGCCCCGCAGUGGGUCCUUGCACAAAAAAAGCCUGCAGAGAAAACCACCUUGAUCACCACUAACCCCUCUCUGGACUCCAGGGGCACAGCCCUGACCCCUGCAUGCUUACAGAGACCCACUUGUGCAUCUUGUGGCUGGCAAGCUCAUGGACGCUCAGCCAGCCCCUAGCAAGCUUCUCAUCUCAUCGCCUCCCAAAGCCUGCCAGCCUUGGGAGGGAGAAGUGGUUCACUCUGACUACCUCAAAGGCUCCACUUUAUGCAAUCCUUUCACGCCUGGGAUGCUGGAUGUCCUGGCCAUUGACUCCCAACCCCUGCAGCCCAGGACAGAAGCUGCUGGGACCUGGGGCUCCCGGCGCCUGAUUUCACGGCCCUGGGGCCGGAAGGGAGCUGCCACCUUCUCUCCCUGGAGCACAGGUCGCAGGCCCCCUCCCCUGGGCAGGUGUGGGCGCUUAGCUGCAGUGACCUGGAAAGGCUGGGGAGUUGGUAUUUUCUUAGCUACUGUGAAGUUUUAUUUAUGAAGGCUUUUAGAGGGAGCAGAAGAGAGCAGAUGCAGGCGGCCUUUAGCUGGUGGGUCUCUCUGUUCACCUCCUUUCCCCUGAUUCCAGCAGGAUCCCCCUACCCCCAUCCCCACGUCCCAGAACCGGACAGAAACAUUUGUCUCUGGAUGAAGAGACUCAUCCACCUUCCCCUCCUGCUCCCCCAUGAUCUGUGAUCAGGGCGCCUGUAUUUAUGGUAGUGUGUAUGUGUAGGAGUGGGGGGUCUUAUGUGUGGAAAGGGGCGACCUCAGCCCUAUCCCACUUGGGAGCCAAAUGUACACGUUUCUGUCUCACAAUUUGCUGCCUAGUUUUGUUAAUAAAAAGGGAGAUGUGAAA